AUGCUGACCGAGGAGUUCGUUUCAGCGAUUUGCGGGGCCCCGCUCUCCUCUAACACGGCCAUCGCCAAAGAUGUUGGUAUCUACUGCCACACUCUGAGCCCCACGUACUCUGUCAAGUCGACCUUCAAAAAGAGCUCGGCUCCGGUGAACUGCCUCGCCCUGAGUGAGACUCAUAUUUUCACGGCCCAGCAUGAAAAGGCAUACGUCCAUGUCUACUCGAGGCCUCGGGGCAACCAGGAGGCGUUUGUGGCGUUUCCAGAAAGGAUACGAUGCAUCACAUUGAUUGGAGAUGUCCUUGCCAUUGGCACGACUGAGGGCCGACUCAUGCUUUGGGAGACUUGUACCGGCCGGUUAGUGUCAACCCCAGCGCGCCAUGUCCAAGCCGUGUCGUGUCUCGCAGGGACGCCCUACCACAUCCUCACGGGCUCCGAUGACUCGGACGUCCACGUGUGGUCUCUACCCCAACUGCUCGAGAUAGACUCGACCGCCGAGCAUGAGCCACUACGAAGCCUCUCCCACCACAGGGCUGCCAUCACAGGGCUCUCUGUGAGCCCCAGCGUCAGCAGUGACACCAACUUCUGUGUCUCCGCCAGCAAGGACAAGUCUUGCAUCAUUUGGAACUAUCAGACCGGCGACGCCCUGCGCACCCUGCUCUUCCCCAGCUUCCCCCUCUGUUUAUCCCUCGACCCCUCAUCCCGGGCCAUCUGCGUGUCCUGCGAGGAUGGCGCUCUCUAUCUCGCGGAGGUCUUCGCGGAGAAACCACUCCUGGGCCCAGGAGCUGAAGAAGCCACAACAGUGGUCCAAAUAUCUUCCCCUUUCGGCGCGAUACAACCCGAUGUAGGUCCCGCGUCGUGCCUGAGCGUGAGCUACGACGGCGCCACGCUGCUCACGGGACACCCCAGGGGCCAGAUCAUGCAAUGGGACAUGGUAGCGAACCAGUCGCCCGUCGAGCUCGCCAACCUCAACGCCGCUGUCACCAAUGUCGCCUUCCUCUCGCCGUUUCCUUCGGAUAAGCCGACUACCACGGUCAACAUUGUCAAGCCGUCGCAAGCGGAGCGCUCAUACACCCUCGCUGUGCAAUUUGACGCCUCUUACUCUUCCUCGCGCGCCGACACGCGGUUUGACUCGAUGCUCAAUACACCGGGGUUUGAUGCGAAAACGUUGGAGGAGGCUGUCGCGGCGUUUCACCAACCGGCAGCAGCUGAAUUGUCUACCUCCACCGCUGCCGCCGACCAGGACUUGAAGAAGCAGAAUGAGGAGUUGUGGGAGAUUAUCAAUGAGCAGAGGGCGCUGCAUAAGCAGGCGCUUAAGCGGCAGACUGAGACAAAGGGGGGGAAGUGA